AUGGCGACGCAGGUGUUGAUAGCCCAUACGGGCCAGCGCCUGCAGGUGGACACGACACAGUUCUCCGCGCUCGAUGACCUCAAGGCCUGGAUCGCAAGGCAGACAUCGAUUCCGGCGCACCAGGUCGUUGCUUUGACUGCCCAAGGUCGGAGUGUGAAGCUGCAGACUCUUCACCAGGAGACGGAGAUCUACAUCUACGACAUUCGAAUAUCUCAACCGAAUUCCCCCAACGCCGCCUCGUCCCCAAAGUCCGAGCUCCCACUCCCGAAACGCUAUGCUGUCCCGAACGCCCCCAACUACAUCGGCAACAUCCGUAUUCUAUCAGAAUGGCAAGCUCUCUAUAAGGAGCGCCAGGUAUGGGCCCUUGGCAUCGUCGACGACUCGGCACGUAUGGCGGCCGAGGUUCAGGAGCGGUAUGCAGAGAUGGACGUCAUGAUCAAGUGUCUCGAUGCGGCCAUGGCCAAUCUGGAGAUUAGUGUGAAACAGAUUGAGCCCAAGUACGCCGAGCUGAAGAAGUGGUUAGAACCUGUGCUCGGCGAGUACGAGCAGCUUGCUGAGAACUGGGAGCACUAUCUCACCGUGGCGCGCAGUGUGCCCAUUUCCGCUGCAAUGGUGCGGUUCAUGACCUCCCGGGACCUCAAGAAGAAACCGACUACGCUGGAAGACCUGAUCGAGAUCGACACUGCGAAGAAGUCGGGACGGUUGGCGCCGACAUCCUUGAAAAAGUUCACGACCAAGGCGACGGACCUGGAGAAGGCCGCGAACAAGAUGUAUGGCGGUUUGGAGCAGCUAAUAGGAGACUUUGAUAACCUCGUUGGCCGCUCGGCGCUGUCGCAUAGUGGCGAGGCGCAGCAGUUGCUUCAGGAUGUCGAAGCCGUGGCCACGAAGAUAGAGACGGAUUACCACAUCGUCUUGGAGUACCAGGAUACACAACCCAACGUCCUUCAAGCCUCGCGGACGGCGGAGAACCACACAUCACGCCUCAUCCCAAGCUUGAAGAAACGUUCCGCGGAGAUGGAUGACAUGCUGCUCUACGUCACCCAGGCGCGGAACGCGAUAUCCGCCGAAUCCAUUGCUUUCAUGCGCAACAUCACCGAGAUCACCACUCUGCACAGCAGCGUUAAAAAUCAGAUUAACGUUUUGAACCAAGCCGAGGACGAUAUGACGACAUUUGACUACCUGCGUCUCAUGCACCAGCUCCCAUACAUGUACGCCUCUUUCGUCUCCGAAGCCGUUCGUCGCCGGGAGUGGUCUGACAAGAUCAAGACGGAUUCGUCGACACUGGCCAACGAGAUGGCGCUGUUCCAGGACGAGGAGUCCAAGAGACGGAGGAAAUGGCACAAGAUGGUCGGUAGCAUGUACGGAUCGGACAAGACCGAGGCAAACGUACUUGGUCUCGAGGUCAACUUGCUCGGUGAGGAGGAAACUUGGCCCAGUAUGGUCAAAAGAGAUCUGGAGGAGUUCCUCGAGCACCUCCAGAAACAGCAAGCCGAAGUCGACAUCAUCGAGGAUGUGAUGAAGCUCGUGAAUGAGUUGAGCAGCCCUACGAAGCAGCAGUCGAAGAGGUUGAAGGCCUUCAAGAAUGGUAGUGUCCACGAAGCCGCCCUCGGACGGAGUGGCUUGAUGAUCCGUGGGGAUGAUGAGUUGCUGCGCAAUCUUCAAGACGACAAAUCGAAGUUGGAGAAUAAGUUGAAGACGGCGGAGAGUCGCGUGCGAAGGCUGGAGGACUUGCUUCACAGGCAAAGCGCAGCAUCUCGACCUGGCAUCGGUGGCUUGUUCGGACAUGAGAGGAAUGACUCGACCAACUCAAUCAAGUCGACCGCGACUGCAGAUGACCAUCGCCGCUCUACGGGAAAUUCGGAAGCACUUUUACAGAGGAUACAGCAGCUCGAAAGUGAAUUGAAUGCUCGUCGAAACUCUGACAACCACUCAGAGGCCUUGGCGAAAAGAGUGCAGCAAUUGGAAAGUGAGUUGGAAAAGCGUCAGUCAUCCGAUGAUGCCGAGGCCCAGCAGAGAAUACAGCGUCUGGAGAGCGAGCUCAACACGGAGAGGGAGAAAUCCGCAGCAUAUGAGAAGGAUCUCAACGUCCGGGCUACAGCGCACGACGAUGUGAAGGGCCGGAUGGAGGAGGCCAAUUCUACCAAAAAAGAGCUUCUUGAGAACAUGGAGGCUCUGCAGCGGGAAUUCGUUGAAGAGCGGAAGUCAUUAGAGAACGAGAUCAAAGGACUCAAGGCCCGUAUUGAAGACACUGAAGAUGAGAUUGAGAAUUUUGGCGAGUCGAGAGAGAACGAAAAGGCUACCUACGUUGAGAGAAUGCAGGAGCUGGAGACCGAGGUUGAAAAGCUGCAGAAGGAGCAAAAAGACGAGGCUCUCAAGGCCCAGGGCCAAGUCGAUUUCCUACGCAAUGAGGCGCGACUUCAGAGGGAACAGAACGAGUCUCUCGACAAGCAUUUACAGACCGCCAACAACGAAGCGAAGAAGCUAGCCAAGGUUCUAGGUAUCGCACAGGAGACUGCUGAUACACAACUAAAGGCGCUCCGUGACGUUCACGAUCAGUUAUCACCGAACGAUGAUACCACAGAGGACCUUAACGAUCUCAUCGACGCACUCAUCUACCGGGCUACCGACGUCACGGCCAAUAUGAAGACUCUGGAAAGCGACCGAUCAAUUCUCAAGGCCGACCUCGAGCAGGCUGAUGAGCAGAUUAAGACUUUGAAGGCCGCUAUUUCGGAAACGAAGAACAAACUUGCUUCCGAAGAGGACAAAUCUCGGCAUAUGAAGGAAAACCUGGAUGGAGAAAAGGCACGCGUGGUCGCUCUUGAGCAGGAGGCCGCCGAGGGUCGAGGGCAGCUUGAUCAGCUUCGUGCCAAGAUUGCCGAUGGCGAGACGGGCUCGGAGAGCCUCAGGAAGAAGCUCGACGAGGAAGAAGGGCGCAUCAGUUCCAUCACCGAGGAGCUUGCCUCUAGGCAAUCUCAAGUCGGCAGUCUCGAAGAGGAGUUGCGGCUCUACAAGGAGAAGAUGGAGAAGUCCCAAGCUAAGCUUUCGACUGUUCUCGGUCAUUUUGAGUCCAGAUCUGAAAAGACCAAGGAUCUGACGCAGCGUCUCUACUCGCAGAACGACAGACUGUGCCGCCUGUUGGAGCGGUUGGGCUUCUCCGUCACACGACAAGACGCGACAAUGACGAUCCAGAAGGUUCCGAGGUCCGAGAGAGGCACUAUGAGCCAAUACCACAAUGCGAACGACUCGUCUGACCCUGCUCAGUCCAUGAUUCGCCGCUCUGGUAUGCUCACCAGUCGCACUCUGGCCGAUAGCACCGACCUGGAGUUGUUGUACUGGAUGAAUGGCAACGAUGCCGAUGCAGAGACGGAGAAGUACGAUGCUUUUAUGACACGGCUGGGCACCUUUGAUAUGGAUCUAUUCGCUGAGACGGUCUACAAGCGUGUCAAGGAUGUCGAGCAUCUUGCCCGGAAGCUUCAGCGAGAUGCGCGCGCGUACAGGGAGAAGGCGCACACCCUUCAGCGGGACUCGCACGAGAAGAUUGCCUUUAAGCAUUUCAAGGAGGGAGACCUUGCUCUGUUCCUCCCCACCAGGAAUCAAACGGCUGGCGCAUGGGCUGCUUUCAACGUUGGCUUUCCUCACUACUUUUUACGGGAGACGGAUGCCCAUCGUCUACGGUCCCGCGAGUGGCUCGUGGCUCGCAUCACCAGGGUGCAGGAACGCGUUGUGGAUCUCUCAAAGAGCUUGCACAAGCAUCUCCCCGACACCGACUCGGUCAAUGGCGAAGAGGAUGAUAACCCCUUCCAGCUUUCCGAUGGCCUGCGGUGGUACCUGAUCGACGCGCACGAGGACAAGCCCGGCGCGCCAGCCACGCCUGGACUCGGCAAGUCUACGAUCGCGACGAACAAUGUCGAGGCCAUGGCGGACAUGCACACCCAUGCGCAGACAAAUGGCAAGGACAAGCAGCGUGCCAAUACCCACAGUAUCGAGGGCGUCAGCAAGGCGCUCAGCAAGAGCCUCGAGAGCCGUCGAAGCAGUUCCAACUCGAAACGCGCCCUCCCUUUUGCCGUAGGCGGAGGUGGUGCGGCAUUGCUCAAGGGUAAUGCGUUGGGCAGCGAGACGAAUUCCCUCCGCGCUGUUGCGCCGGAUACUCCGACCGAGACGAACCCCCCCGAAGGCGACCAGUUGGGAUCGUCGACAAACGGACACGAGCAGUUGGGGCAGGCGGGGCAGGCUUCGAGCCCGCUUGCUGAAGAGGGUCAUGGUCCCGCGCAGGCGGGUGACGAUAGACCCAGGUCGCCUGAGAAAGCUCGAUCGCCCUUGAGGCUGCAGCGUCAGAGGAGCGGGGUCAGUGUCGACAGCCCGACAAAGAAGAGCGUGGUUUGGGACUCGCUUUGGAGCGUUGAUCUAAGCUUUGAGACUGGUGGUGGUGGUAGUGGCGCGAAGAGGAAGUGGGAGGGCGGCCGGUAG